AUGGAUUCGGCAAUUGAUAAAAUCCACAACGAAACAACAUCAAGCACUUCCACUGCAAGCAAAGACUCUCUCUUGCAGCAACUCAAGGAGCUCGAGCUGUUUGAAGGCUCUCCUGUGACCUUACCAUAUGUAAAUUCCCUGGUGGCAUGGAAAAUCGGUAACUUAGCAAUGGAUGCUGCGCAAAAAUUGCAAUCUCCCGUUGUUAUAGAUAUCUCUUCCAUCAGCGGCCAGGUUUACUUCCAUGCCGUAUCAAAAGAUGGUACCAGUAUCGAUAACGACAAUUGGGUGAGUAGAAAGAAGAGAACCGUCUUUCGGUUCGGCAAAUCCUCGUACUUCAUUGGUCGUAAACUUGCCAUAAAAAGUGCGGGAAAGUCUGUUGAAGAGGCCCUUUUCGUCGAUAGUAAAGAGUACGCUACCCAUGGAGGCUCGGUCCCAAUCCGUAUUAGUAACGUCGAUGGCGUAUGGGGAGCUCUCACUGUGAGCGGAUUGGCUCAGCAGGACGACCAUAAAUUUGCCUUGGACAUCUUAAUGAGCAUCAAGAAGAUUCUAGAGGAAGAAGGUUAG